CGGCCCCUCUCCCGCCGCGGGGCUCCGAGCAGCAUGCGCGGCCGCUGCCUGCCGGCCUCAGCCCUGGCCCCGGCCCCGCUGCGGAGCGCGCCCGGCCUCGACCCCGGCCCCAGCGGCAGAGGCGGCGGCGGCGGCGGCGGCGGCUCCAGGCCGGCCCGGGGCGCGGAACCAGACUCGCCGAGUCCGCGUCGCGCAUCCUGAGCGCGCCCGCCCCUCCGCCCGCCGGGGCCGCGGUCUCCCGCCUCCCCACUCCCGCGCCCUUGCCCCGGCCCCGGCUCCGGCUCGGCUCCCGCCCGCGUGGGACAGACAGACGCACAGACAGCCCCGCGUGGACGGCCGGGCGGAGGUGUCGGACGAGGAGGAGGAGGAGACGGAGGAGGGGGCUGGGCAGGGGCUGAAGCCCGGCGGGGGAGACAUGCGAUUGGCGACCGAGCCGAGCGGACGGACGGUGCGCCCGAGAUGCAGGUGAGCGAGAGGAUGCUGGCGGGGGGCGCGAGGAGCAUGCCCAGCCCCCUCCUGGCCUGCUGGCAGCCCAUCCUCCUGCUGGUGCUGGGCUCGGUGCUGUCAGGCUCGGCCACCGGCUGCCCGCCCCGCUGUGAGUGCUCCGCCCAGGACCGCGCCGUGCUCUGCCACCGCAGGCGCUUCGUGGCGGUCCCCGAGGGCAUCCCCACCGAGACCCGCCUGCUGGACCUGGGCAAGAACCGCAUCAAAACGCUCAACCAGGACGAGUUCGCCAGCUUCCCACACCUGGAAGAGCUGGAGCUCAACGAGAACAUCGUGAGCGCCGUGGAGCCCGGCGCCUUCAACAACCUCUUCAGCCUCCGGACGCUGGGGCUGCGCAGCAACCGCCUGAAGCUCAUCCCCCUGGGCGUCUUCACCGGCCUCAGCAACCUGACCAAGCUGGACAUCAGCGAGAACAAGAUCGUCAUCCUGCUGGACUACAUGUUCCAGGACCUGUACAACCUCAAGUCGCUGGAGGUCGGCGACAACGACCUCGUCUACAUCUCCCACCGCGCCUUCAGCGGCCUCAACAGCCUGGAGCAGCUGACGCUCGAGAAAUGCAACCUGACCUCCAUCCCCACCGAGGCGCUGUCCCACCUGCACAGUCUCAUUGUCCUGCGGCUCCGGCACCUCAACAUCAACGCCAUCCGGGACUAUUCCUUCAAGAGGUUGUACCGGCUCAAGGUCUUGGAGAUCUCCCACUGGCCCUACUUGGACACCAUGACACCCAACUGCCUCUAUGGCCUCAACCUGACAUCCCUGUCCAUCACGCACUGCAAUCUGACCGCCGUGCCCUACCUGGCCGUGCGCCACCUGGUCUAUCUCCGCUUCCUCAACCUCUCCUACAACCCCAUCAGCACCAUCGAGGGUGCCAUGCUGCAUGAGCUGCUGCGGCUGCAGGAGAUUCAGCUGGUAGGCGGGCAGCUGGCUGUGGUGGAGCCCUACGCCUUCCGCGGCCUCAACUACCUGCGUGUGCUCAACGUCUCGGGCAACCAGCUGACCACCCUGGAGGAGUCGGCCUUCCACUCGGUGGGCAACCUGGAGACGCUCAUCCUGGACUCCAACCCGCUGGCCUGCGACUGCCGGCUCCUGUGGGUGUUCCGGCGCCGCUGGCGGCUUAACUUCAACCGGCAGCAGCCCACGUGCGCCACCCCCGAAUUCGUCCAGGGCAAGGAGUUCAAGGACUUCCCCGACGUGCUCCUGCCCAACUACUUCACCUGCCGCCGCGCCCGCAUCCGGGACCGCAAAGCCCAGCAGGUGUUUGUGGACGAGGGCCACACGGUGCAAUUUGUGUGCCGGGCCGACGGCGACCCGCCGCCCGCCAUCCUCUGGCUCUCGCCCCGCAAGCACCUGGUCUCGGCCAAGAGCAACGGGCGGCUCACGGUCUUCCCCGACGGCACGCUGGAGGUGCGCUACGCCCAGGUCCAGGACAAUGGCACAUACCUGUGCAUCGCGGCCAACGCGGGCGGCAACGACUCCAUGCCAGCCCACCUGCAUGUGCGCAGCUACUCGCCCGACUGGCCCCAUCAGCCCAACAAGACCUUCGCCUUCAUCUCCAACCAGCCGGGCGAGGGAGAGGCCAACAGCACCCGAGCCACCGUGCCUUUCCCCUUCGACAUCAAGACCCUCAUCAUUGCCACCACCAUGGGCUUCAUCUCUUUCCUGGGCGUCGUCCUCUUCUGCCUGGUGCUCCUCUUUCUCUGGAGCCGGGGCAAGGGCAACACGAAGCACAACAUCGAGAUCGAGUACGUGCCCCGCAAGUCGGACGCAGGCAUCAGCUCUGCCGACGCGCCCCGCAAGUUCAAUAUGAAGAUGAUAUGAGGGCGGGGCGGGGGGGGCAGGGACCCCCGGGGCGAGCUGGGCAGGGGAAGGGGCCUGGCCGCCAUACGCUCGCUCCUCAGUCUUCCCGCCUCCUCCCUGCCCCUCCACACACACUCUUUUUCUUCCUCCCAGCCCCGCUCCCUGCUGCCCCCCAACCCCCCUCCACCGGCCCUCACCACCUGCCCCCUUCCUAGCAGGACCUCAACAGCCCAGUCCUGGGGACCCCACCUGCACAGGGGCACUCGUUGACAGACUGGAGUCGGAAGCUGACAGACCGACAUGCAGCACAGUCAAUAAUUCAAUAAAAAAAAAAGUUACGAACUUCCUCUGUAACUUGGGUUUCAAUAAUUAUGGAUUUUUAUGAAAACUUGAAAUAAUAAAAAGAGAAAAAAAACGCUAUUUCCUAUAGCUAGUCGGAAUGCAAACUUUUGACGUCCUGAUUGCUCCAGGGCCCUCUUCCAACUCAGUUUCUUGUUUUUCUCUUCCUCCUCCUCCUUCUCUUCCUCCUUUCUCUUCUCUUCCCCUAUGGGGAGGGAUCACUCAGGAAAACAGGAAAGGAGGUUUGAGCCCCGCCUGCCUGGGCGGCCGACAUGAGCGGGCAGCGGGGCAGGUGUGGGCCCAGCUCUGGGCUGAUGUUUGCAGGGAGCAGGUGGAGGAGACAGGGCUGCCUGAUGGGGGUGGGGGCUGUCUGCCAAGCUGCCAGGAAGCGCUACUGCCAGGGGCUGGGGGGGAGGCCUGGCUCGGGUGUGGCCGAGACUCUGGACAGGGGCUGGGGUCCUCCGGAGGACGGCACGGUCAGUGGAGAGAGCCAGGGGCUGGGGGGCGGGACCGAGGCCUAGCUUCUGGUUCCAGCUCUGCUGCUGACUUAUCAUGUGGCUUCCAACAGGUCGUUGACCCUUUCUGGGCCUCAGUCUCCACAUCUGUACAAAUGGAAACGUUACUCCCCGCCCUGCCUACCUCACAGGGCUGUUGUGAGGAAUUGAUGAGAUGAUGUAUGUGAAACACUUUGUAACCUGUAAAGCGCUGUGCACAUGUGUGGGUGA